GGAAGCCAUAAUUUUUUUCCUUCACUUCGAGGCACCUGCGCUGAAGCACCUCAAGCUAUGUGACGUCUCUCGCUCAAUUCUUACUCGGCACUUCAAAGACGGAUUCGACUCGAACAAUCUGAACAUCCAGAACAUGCCUGCUCUUCAACCGUUCAACAAAUUUUCUUCUACGAUCCUCCUCGAACAUCUGGUUUAUGUGUGUUCACCACUCGAACAAGUUGAAACGCUCGCACUCGAACAUUUUAGUCUACCACCUUUGGUCUCUAACCUCUUCUGGCAAGACGAUGAUCCUCUGAAAAAUUGGCAUGAGGCUCCUAAAUGCUCGCGACUUCGACACCUCACUCUCAUCGACCCGGAGCAGUGUUUCCUCGAUGCACUCAAUAUGUAUCCUGACGAUCCAAAAACCAGCAGCCCGGCUCCUGUGCUUACCCACCUGUGUCUUGCUUGGUCUGAUUGUGAACGCCUGAAGCUCUUUUUGGAGCGACGGGCGGAAAGCCUUGCGAAGGAAAAGGGUCCACGUAUUUUGGACUAUCUUGAACUGGCGACAGCGAAAAAAGAUGUGCAUGUGUUGGAGGAUAUCGUAUCGCAGCAUAUUGAUAUGAGCCGUAUUGCAAAGAGUUCGCUGGCGGCUGAAUGGCACGGAAGUUUCACUACCGGUGUUUUAUGCCCAUCCAAAUGUAUAGUAUAA